GAAAUGAAAUCAGGUGAAGUGUCAUACAUGCAGUCACUCUAUGAACACUGACGUUUGGGUUCAUUUUAAUGCUCCUUUAACAUAAUUAAUAAUGCGGCCCAUUUUGAUCGGGACGGUUUUACUCUCAAUAGCAGCCGCUUAUUAUAUUUAUCUGCCUCUGCCUAGCACUAUAUCAGAGCCAUGGAAACUCAUGUUUUCGGAUGCAUUGAUACGUGGCAUGAUGAAGUUGAGUUUUUUAGCUCAUGAUCUUGGACUGACUUCACCGUUUGGGUUGGCAAAAUACUAUUCGGCUUGGGCGGAUGCAAAAAGUAUCGAGUCCAGCUCAAGCGUCCGAGUCACAGAAGCGUCUUUUGGAGGAGUGGAAGCACUAGUGUUUGAGUCAGCUGCUGCAGGGCAGGAGCAGAGUCUUAAAAGAGGCGUGGUCUAUUUCCAUGGAGGAGGAUGGACACUCGGCAGUACAAAGAUGGAACCAUAUUUCCUUCAGUGCAUGACUAUGGCUGAGGAGCUGAAUGCAGUCGUAAUAUCUGUCGAGUACAGGCUGGCACCAGAUGCACGUUUUCCAGAUCAGUAUAAUGAUGUUUUUCAGGCCUCAAAACACAUCCUGACAGCCGAGGUGUUGGGUCGGUACUCCAUAGACCCGAAAAGAGUGGCUGUGUCAGGUGACAGCGCAGGAGGAAACCUGGCCGCCGCUGUGGCACAACAGGUGGCUUUAGACAGUAGCAUUCCUAUUAAAUUUAAAGUUCAGGCCCUGGUCUACCCCGCGCUUCAGGCCCUGGACUUCAACACCCCCUCGUACCAGCAGAACGCCAACAUGCCCAUCCUAGACAGACCAAUGGUGGCCCGCUUUUGGCUGGAGUACCUAAACGGCGAGCAGAAACUUGUUCCUGCUUUGCUGGCAAACAACCACACGGCUCUGGAUCAGGGUCAGGAGAUAGCAGCAACCAAAGCCAAGACUGACUGGACCAAGCUUCUUCCGGUGGCCUUCCAGAAGAGCUAUAAACCUGUGUUUCCGCUUCACGGCGACCCAAAGCUGCUGGAGAAGCUGCCAGGCCUGCUGGAUGUGAGAGCGGCGCCUCUACUAGCUGAAACAAAAGUGCUGAAGGCCGUGCCGCCCGCUUACAUCAUGACCUGUGAGCAUGACGUGCUGAGAGACGACGGACUCAUGUACGCCACGCGACUGGAGGAGGCCGGAGUGGACGUCACUGUUGAUCACUUUGAAGAUGGUUUCCAUGGAUGCCUCAGUUUCGCUUUUGGACCCUUUGCGUUUUCUGUUGGAAGACGAAGUCUUGGGAACUACAUCCAUUGGCUGAAAGAGAACCUCUAAAGACUCAUAUAGGCUGGGUCUAUGUUAAAUAUAUUUUAAUUUUAAAUUAGAUUUUUAAAUUUAACAUACAGUCCAAUAUGAAAAUGCUUCAAAGUUAUUGCUACAAAAUCUGAACAAGCAUGCUGUUUUAAUACAGGGAAUUUAUGAUACAUUUUUAUUUAACGCUGCAGUCCGUAACUUU